ACAGACACACAGACACACAGACACACACUCACUCACAGGAUGGCCACCGUGUCGCCUCGCCGCUGUCGAACGCCUCAGACCUUCGUCCUCUUGCUCUUCGUCCUGUCAGGUGGACAGUUUUCAUCUGUUUCCUGUUUCAAAGUGGCGGAGGGGGGCGUGGCCUCUCUGUCCUGUCAGUACUCUGUGAAGCGGUUCGGCCUGAGUCGGGUCUGCUGGGGUCGCAGCUGCGGGACCUUCUGGUGCAACAACAUCCUGGUGCAGACGGACGAGCACGGCGUCAUCUCCAAGGUGGCGGACCGGUACCGGCUGACGGGGGACGUCCUGGAUGGACAGAUGGACCUGGACAUCGUGAGCGUGAGGCGGACUGACAGCGGGCCGUACUGCUGCAGGGUGGACAUCGACGGGAUCUUCAACGACAAGAAGGUCAUCAUGAACCUGAGAGUGGUCAAAGCUCCGAUCACCAGUUCUCCGCCUCCAACAACAGCGUCAGCAACAAGCAGUCAGCUCACGGACCCGUCGGCCUCCACAGUAAACUGGAAAUCGUUGCUUUCGUCUCAGCUGGACCUUCUGAGGAGGAACUCCACUUCGCUGCACUCCGACACCGUCACAGAGCAGGACUCUCCCGCGGCUCUCUCCCUUCAGAUCAACCUUCCCGUCCUCUCGCUCUCCCUCAGCGUGUUGCUGAUCAUGGCCGCAGUUUUUCUCCUUCUGGCCUUCAAACGUGGAACAUACAGAAGAGCCCUCAAGAGCCGCUGCUUCUCGGAGGAGGAGCCGCCUCACAUCAUCUACGAGAUCCGGAUGAGGAGACCGGUGCAGGAGAACAUCUACACGCUGGACUGAGACAGAAAAUGUUAAUAAAGUGAAUUCAAACUCUCAAAUGACGUGUUCGGCUGGUUUG